CCUUCUCAUGCAGUAGACUGCUUGGCCAAUAUAUUAGAGAAAUUCAGGCAAGAAUGCGAACACACAUCGUUUCACAGUUCAGUGAAGUCGACAACUCUACCAUGGAAAAGCUGGCACUGUUUAUACUACUGCCUGGGGUUGCCCUGGCUUUCUGCGAAGAAGGGUUCGAGCAAAUAGGAGAGAAAUGUUUGAAGUUCGAGACGGAAUUUCGACUGACUUUCGCAGAAGCUCACGAGUUUUGCCUGGAACAGCAUGGGGCAUCUUUGGCUCUCAUUGACUCAGCUCGACACUUCAAGGCUAUCAUCGACCACAUCAUCACAAAUGGAAUGAAAGAAUCCUUCUGGAUUGACGGAACCGACAGAGGGCACGAGGGCCAAUGGACCACGAAAGAAGGUCAAGAUUUCCCGAUGGGAACUCCUUUCUGGGCAGGCUUCCCAGAUUAUCAAGAGCCCAACGGAGGAACAAAAGAGAACUGUGCACAUAUCAACAACGGUCAGAGUUUUUAUAUUAAUGACGUAGACUGCAAUUCAGCCUUUUGGUUCAUAUGUGAACAAGCAAAUAACUACGACCAAUAUUACAAAAAUGAGUCAGCUUCUGAGCCUCUGUGUCUAUUAGACUACAUUGCUCUUGGUGGCAAAUGUAUAUCAUUCCUGAAUGAAUAUGCAGUUCCAUGGAGUGAAGCAAAUCUGCGGUGUGGGGAUCUGGAGUACCCAGGAGAACUGGCUAUCGUGGAUGAUAUUGAAUUAUUAAGAGCGAUAUCUGUUCAUCUUAAUGAAGGGUGGCUGACAGAUCAUGAUUACUGGCUUGGAGGCUACGACGAGGGUCACGAAGGUCUUUGGACAUGGACCAAUGGAUCGGGGGUUCCUAUGGGAACACCGUUUUGGGGCCUCGGCAGUGAAGGUCAGGAACCUGACCAAGGAAGUAAAGAGAACCACUUAGCCAUAAUAGGUCAUGGACACUUUUACUUUCGAGACAUCGAUGGAUCAGCUAAUCUUCAUCCUCUGUGUCAGCUGAUUGGAUAACUCAUUUUAUUUAUUGGAGGCGGGGGUGGAGAGUGAUGCUUGACAUUGGUAGCACUUUGGGACUUUCUUUAAUGCAUCACGGUCCUGCUGUGCAGUCUGUUGCCACAUUAGAGUUUUUAUAUACUGGAAGGUGGGUAGUACCGUGACCCAGCUACUCAAUAAAAAUCCUUCAAUGAA